ACGUGUGUUAGAGGAGCGGGACAAACUGUAUGAAGAUAUAGCUGCCUACUCACAGCUGAAGCAGACAAUUGAAUGCCUUCUCCAAACACCAUGUGAGGAAGGAUUGCGCACUCAAGUUGACCUCGGAUCAAACUUCUACGUCCAAGCCCAUGUGCCAGAUGUUUCAAAAAUUUAUGUAAAUGUUGGUUUAGGCUUCCAUGUGGAACUGACUCUGCAAGAGGCCUUAAGUUUCAUAGAUAAGAAGUUAAAGAUCUUAAAUACCAAAGUGACAGAAUCCUCCAAACAGUCAGCCAAAAUCAAAGGAAAAAUCAGAUUUGUGUAUGAGGGCCUUAGAGAAAUUGAAGGCCUUGAGAAGGGUUUGAAAAGGAACUGAGGAAGGACUAUUGCAAAGAGAAAUUAUGUGACUUUCGUAUCAUGUAUAUUUAAAAUCAGUGUAAUAAAUAAGUUCCAAAGGACAAUGAAGUUGGUAAAGAUUGUACCUGUCAAUUAUGGGAGAGUCUGGUGCAUAACAGCAGUUUUGAGCCUGUGCUUGUGGAUUCUUCCGUACAUACUUGGAAAAUAUACUGAUGUUACUUUCCCCUUCAUCACUUCAGAAGACAUACCCCAGGAAUUGGUUGGCCUCGUUGGACCUGCAGAAAAUGGUCUGGAUUGGUGCCCUGUCUUAUCUCCUCAUGUGGUAAACAUAAACCGAUUAACAACCAACAAGAUCAUUCCCCAGACAGAUGAAGACAUUGUUAAGAAAUACAACAUAUUGCCUGGUGGUACCUGGAAGCCAACCGAAUGCCAGUCAAGAUAUCAUGUUGCCAUCAUCAUUCCUUACCGAAAUAGGAGUCUGCACCUCCAGCAGUUCCUGACGUAUAUGCACCCAUUUCUCAUGAGGCAACAGUUGAACUAUAGAAUUGUGGUUGUGGAACAAACAGAUGAGAAGCAGUUUAAUAGAGCAAAGCUCUUGAAUAUCGGAUUUGUCGAGACCAAUAAGCUGGCCCAGGUUGACUGUUUCAUCUUUCAUGAUGUGGAUCUACUGCCACAAAAUGACCUCAAUGUGUAUGCAUGCACCCACAAUCCACGACACAUGUAUUCUGCUAUUGACACAUUCAGGUACCAGCUUCCAUAUCGCCGUCUGUUAGGAGGAGCUGUGGCUGUUCAGAAAGUACACUUUGAAGAAAUUGAUGGAUUUGCAAACAAGUUCUAUGGAUGGGGAGCAGAGGAUGAUGAUUUUUACAAUCGCUUUGAGAAAAAAGGGUUACAUAUCAUUCGUUUUGACCCAGGAGUAGCAAAGUAUGUCAUGCUAUCCCAUGUCAAAGCCACACCUUCCCAGGAGCGAUAUGCACAUCUUUGGGCAGAAAACAAUAGAAAAGAUGGCCUUUCUGAUUUAACUUACAAGCUGCUAAAUAAAGAACAAAGAUCUUUGUAUACUUGGCUAUAUGUUUCUUGUUAAAUGUAUGCAUUAAUAAUAAAGGGCCAGUUAAAAAUAAAUUAGGAAAUAAAUAUUCAUAUUAACAUGGUAAAAGUAAUUUGGGUCAUCACCACCCUUUCUUACAUUCAUUCUUUCAGGGAAUUCCUGUAAUCAUCAAGCUCUUUUUUCUUCUUCUUUUACAUUUAUUCUCCAGUCUAUUGAUUACAUAGUUUCUCUAUGUUAGUGCUUCUUUAGAGAAAGUAGCAUGCAAUACCCAUAGAAACCUAUUUCUUGUCAAAUUAAUGUUUUAAGAUGCAGUUUGCUUCAAAAUUGUCAUAAAUCUAAUUUUGGGAGGGUCAGCAGGCAACCCCUCUUUGAUUUGGAAACUUUGGUUAUAGAAAUCUCUCAUUCUCUUUUCUUUUGUGUUUCUUUGUUUCAUUUUUUUCUUUUCUUUUUGGCCUAGGUGUUGAUCUUUAUCCACGGUCUCUUUUCACCCCCUACCCCCUAUUAAAGGUGGUAUUAUUAUUAGGCAUUCAUAGCCUAAUUCAGUGUAAAUUUCUUUAAUUUUGAAGGGUCAUCUAUCUGCAACUACCAUGGACUCCCACAUGCCACUAUUAUCAGUUGUGGAAAUCAUAUCGUUAUUAGCAAAUAUGGAAAUGCUGAGCUUAAGGUCAUUCUUACUGUUAUCCCUUUUCUCUUUUUACAUAUUGAUAUAACUGUUAAAAAUAAAGUUCAAUAUUAAAUAAACAAUAAUAAUUACUUGUAUUCAUUAUUUUUAUGGAAAUUAUCUGGAGUUUGUUUAUUGGUAGAAAAACGCAAAGUGAUCUGGCUGAAGAUAAUGGACUAACCUACAUAAUGUCAAGCAUUUGUAACAAGUUAAUCAUUUUUAUUACCUGGGAGUUGCCAAAAGAAAUGUGUGAUUUUAAAAUGUAGAAAAUAAUGCACAUGCAAUUGCUGUUAUUUUCCAUUUGUAUUUUUGAAAGUGAUAUUAGAGAAAUAUACAUUACCAAAAAUUAGAAA